CGCUGUAUCCGGACAAAUUUAAGCAAAUUUUGCCCAGAAUACAAAAUUAUAAAUGAAUUGCCAGAUGCUUUAAGGUUGAUUGAGAUGGUUGGUGCAUUUUGUCGAUGCAAGGAGAAGUAACUUGCAGUGUUGUACCGACUUUAUUCUACUCGUGCUCUCUGCUUAGCCAACUAUUUAGCUACAUAUGGCAGGGGCAGUUCAUUGUUAGCCUAGCUUUAGCCAUGCUCUCACACUCCGCUUUCACUUGUCUUCUGGGUUGCGGCUUACUUGCGACAGGGACCACAGCUACUAGCUAGCGUGGUAGCUAGCUAGCUAAGCAUUUUCUCCAGUAUUGACGUUUUUGUGUCUUUUUAUUUGUGCUUCAACAUUUCUUUGACCUCUAAUUUUCUGUCACAUUCCGUGUAACAGCAGCGCUCCGCAGAAACUGGUCUUCGUCCGUUUUGACACUUAAAAUUAGCUAUUAGCUUAGUUGGCAAGCUAGCCAGCCGGCUAACUUUGAGGAAACGUAUAUUUGCUUCAUGACAUUAAAGUCGGUGUUGACGUUGUCUUGACCCGGACAGUACACGUUAACUCCGCUAACCGAGGAAGGCCUGUCGGCGUCUGUUCAUAUUUUUCACCGCUCAGUCAAGAAGCUGAGUUUUCAUUUAUCUGGUUUGUGGUCAUUUCCCUGCGACGAUGGCUUCCUCCUCUGGAAACGACGACGACCUCACGAUCCCCAGGGCAGCUAUCAACAAGAUGAUAAAAGAAACUCUCCCCAACGUACGAGUGGCUAACGACGCCAGGGAGCUUGUGGUCAACUGUUGCACCGAGUUCAUACACCUCAUAUCCUCAGAAGCCAAUGAAAUAUGCAACAAGUCCGACAAGAAGACCAUUUCUCCCGAGCAUGUCAUCAAUGCCCUCGAGAGUCUUGGUUUUGCAUCAUACAUCACCGAGGUGAAAGACGUCCUGCAGGAGUGUAAAACUGUAGCUCUGAAAAGGAGGAAGGCCAGCUCUCGCCUGGAGAACCUGGGCAUCCCGGAGGAAGAGCUGCUCAGACAGCAACAGGAACUGUUUGCCAAGGCGCGGCAGCAGCAGGCAGAGCUCGCCCAGCAGGAGUGGCUGCAGAUGCAGCAGGCCGCCCAACAGGCACAGAUGGCGGCAGCAGCAUCUGCCAGCGCCGCCCAGCAGGCCGGUUCUUCUCAGGAUGAAGAUGAAGAGGAUGACAUGUGAUCCCAGGACGCCGCUCAACUUGUCCGAAUCCCUUCGUGGGACAGUGUCAGCACACAAAUCUCCCAGUAAUCUCGUUGGAAGAGACAUGACACGUGUUUCACCUCCGGUAUACAUGAGUGAAACAUGAGAAAUGCACAUUUGGAAAAGACAGUGAAGAGAAUAAUGAAGGGGGAUUUGAAGAAGCCACCCGUUCAGAUAUCAGUACCUGAAAAUGAUUUGGAUUGAGAGACUGUUAAUGAAGUUUUUCAUUAGUCUCAUCUUCCCUGUAUUUUUUUUCCAGUUGCUUCUGUUUAAUUAUGUCUUGAUAUUAUGUUGUAAGUAAUUAGUAGAAUUCUGGAUGUGUUGUGGACACACUGACGGCAGCCUUUGCCUGGGAUAUGUCAGUGAAUUUUGGUGAUAAUGCAGCAAGUGUUUGCUCGUGCAGGUACUGCCCCAGAUAGCUUCCUUUUGUUUUCCAUUGGACUGGAUCACUUUGGUGGUUAAGGAGAACUGGUUUAGAAUAAUGUCACAGCUGCCAGUUCCUCCUUUCUUGUGGUUUGAUGGUCAUUUUUACAGAAAAGCUCUUCUUUACCCAGGUCUCGGUGUGUUUGUUCAGCAGAUGAUCGUUUGAGGGGUUCUGAAUAUUGGAAUUGUUUUUGUUAAGUAGAGAAAUAAAUUGACAUUUUGCUUAAUUUUAGCUCAGUCAAAUAUUUUAUAUUGCAUCUCUUCUACCUUGAACCACUCACAGUAUUGCUUAUCAGCUGCACCUUUCAGAAACAGAAUAUUUUUGUCUCAUAGAACCAAAGACAGAGGACAGACUAACGGCCCAGACGUAGUGUUUUUUAAAGGUGUAGGUGCUACUGUGAUUCUCACUGCUGACUCCAGGUCAGGGUAAACUAUGUUAAGGAUUAUCAACCGAUGACUUUGUAAGACGCUUUGAUAUCCAGGCUGAAUUUGUUAUUUCCCCUCUGCUCGGGUGCAGUAUCAAACAUUUGCAUUGUGACUGUGGUCAGUCCUCAGUGUAAAGACAAGUAACCUAGUUGUGAUACACAUACUUCAAAGUUGUAUUCUUUAAGCAAUAAAGGAAUCAUGUUUUAUA